AAUGGCUUUUUCUUGGUCCGGUAGCGUCUUGUGUUCAAAUUUGACGCCAUAUUCUGUAGCCAGGGAAACCAGCUAGGGAUUUCCCCCAGAACCUGCACCCAAUACUGUAUCCAGAUAAAAAAAGCCAGACAGCCUGAGCAAUUAAAUUUUCUCUUUGAAAUACUACUUGUACAGUACUUUAUUUGAAAUUGAAAGUCAUACCAACAUAACCACGGGGGACGAUGGCUUUCUAGAAAGAGUCGGCUUAUGCCGUGGAAAAGCUUCAGUGUAGACGUAGGCACUGCAAGAUACUCUGCUCCAUGGCCAUGGCCGAGGACUUGAAAGCUGCUAUAUCCAAGAAGUACAACGUUGACAUUACCAAGCUAAGUCAUAAAGAACGUCGGAAUCUGCUCAAGAAAGAAAAGCAGCGCUUGAAGAGACGCCAGGCCGCAGUGGAGGCCGAGUGUGAAGCCGCUGGUAACAAUCAUGACUCGGAUGUUAGUCUGAACAGCGAAGAUGAAGCCACCCGCCGGCAGAAGGAAAAUGAGGAACAGGCACGACAGCAUGACCUUUGGCUGAAGAGAGAGGAGGAGGCUCAGCUUAUAUUCCAGCACAAACAGGCGGAACUGGAGCGUGAAAGGAAGCUCCGUGAGGAACAGCAGCUUCGAUUGAAAGCUGAGCUGGCGAAACUGGAAGAGGAGAAAGCUGAGAAUGACCGAGUCAAGAAUCAAGUGGACAAGAAGAAGGAAGAGCGGCGUCAGGGUGUCAUGCAGAGCUUGACAACGGCAACUAUUGGUGAAGUUCAGUAUUCCAACCCACCAGCUCCUGAGCCAAAGCCUGGAGAAAAGCCUCGCGAGAAGUGCAUGUUCUACUUCAAAACUGGGGCCUGCCGGUUUGGAGAGCGUUGUUCCCGAGAGCACGACAAACCGACCAUCAGCUGCACCCUGCUCAUUCGUAAUAUGUACACAAGCUUGGAGCGUCAGCAGCAACUCAUUGGUGGCCAAGAUGGUGGCCUGGAGUUUGAAGAAGCAGAUGCUCGUCAGCACUAUGUCGAAUUCUUUGAGGAUGCCAUGCCAGAACUCGAAAAGGCUGGGAAAGUUAUCCAAUUCAAGACUUGCUGCAACUAUGAAGCACACCUGCGUGGCAAUGUUUAUGUUCAGUACCGAGAUGAGUUGGAGUGUGCGGCUGCAUACAAAAUGUUUCAUGGGCGCUACUAUGCUAGCCGCAUCAUUUCUUGCGAGUACACGCCGGUCACCAACUGGAAAGCUGCCAUAUGCGGCCUGUAUCGCCAGGGCCGAUGUCCAAAAGGCAGGACAUGUAAUUACCUGCACGUCUUCACGAAUCCAGACAGCGCCUUUGCCGACAUGGAUCGCUCGACGGGAGGUGGCGUUCCACCGUCAUCUCAGAGGCAGUGGGAGAGUAGUAGGCGUGGUUAUGAUAGAGAGCGCCGGCCGGCUUCUUCCAACCGUAGCUAUCGCUCGUCACGGUCUAGAUAUGAUGACAGGGAGUGGGAGAGGACCGGCCGCCACUAUCGCCAUCGGCAUCAUAGCGAUGACCAAGACUGGGAUCGGCGUGACCGAGACCGAGAUCGUGACAGAGAUCGUGACAGAGACUGUGAUCGUGACAGAGAUCGUGACAGAGACCGAGACCGAGAUCGAGACCGAGAUCGUGACAGAGAUCGUGACAGAGAUCGUGACAGAGACUGUGAUCGUGACAGAGAUCGUGACAGAGACCGUGACAGAGACUGUGAUCGUGACAGAGAUCGUGACCGAGACCGUGAUCGUGACAGAGAUCAUGACCGAGAUCGUGAUCGUAGCAGGCAUCGUGACUACGAUCGUGACAACGGCAGAGGCCGAGAGGAUGACCGCUAUGACAGGCAUGCAAGAGAAAGCCGAAGGGACAGUCACAGAUCUGACUACAGUCCCGACCGAGGUCGCCACAGCGUAGCUAAUGGUGCCAGCAGCCCUGAAGACAGGACUUCGUGCGACAAGGACAAUGUCCGACAUUGCAGGAAAGACGGUAGAGAAGAGGAUCGGCACGGACAACCUGUGGCUCACCGUGAGCACAAGCACUCAUCCCGGGGGCAUGCCAGUAGUGGCUCAGACAACGAACAAGAUGACUGGGCCAGGCGGAAACGUCGCCACCGACACCAUAAAUCACGUAAGGAUUACGACUCGGACGAUGGGUCCCCCAAGUUGUCGCCACGUCGAAAACGCCACCAGAGAGAUGAUGCUGUCGGUGCGCAAAAUGGUGACGAGGAACGCCAGCGUGAGGAGACAAGGCAAACACCUGAUGAUACACCGGCCUCACCAAGACGAUCGAGGUCUGGCAGUGUAGAUGCUGUCGUGCCAUCAGCACCUGCUUUGUCUCCUGAUAGGGCUACGCAGUCACGUUCUGCAUCACCUAACCAGGAAGGCAAAUCCCGUCACCGGAAGAAGAAAAAGAAAAAGAAAGAGAAGAAGUGAUCACCGGAAUGUGCUGAUAAACUUCAGGGUGAGGUAUCCUGUUGCUAUGCGAUAGCGUGUCCAAGUGCUGGUUAUUCACUUGCAUACUGUAUUCUGUCGUCAUGUUGGGAAGCAUACCACAUUUGACUAAUACGUUGAGAUGGAGCGCAUUGAUGCUUGUCUGCCAUAUUCCCUGUUGCAACAGUAACAUAAAACGACUAAGCACAGUAUAUGACAACUGAUGUAGUGUACGCCUCGCCACUGUCCAGCUUCAUUAUUAAUUUUCAUAUUUGCAUCAGAAUGCCGGUCAUGCCGGCUUUGUAUCUAUUUCCGCAUCCACCUGCUGGUCAGGUUUCACUCUUUGUUUAUUCACACAACUUGACACAAGCAAAUCACUGUCUGCACAGUGCAUUGUUUUGUGAAGAUAAAAUCUUUCACAAUUUGUGACGAAACGA